UCUAUUGCCAUUCCACAUGUAAACACACAAUCGCCUGUUUGAGUCCUGUUACUGAAAAUCUUUCCGUGAAUUUAGACGAGGAUGCAUAUUUUUUAUUUAUGCUAUCAUAUUUUGUGUCAAAACAAUAACAAAUAGUUACGUGACAUAUAAUUUUUUUUCUAGAAUAGGAUAGUCAUUAUGGCUUUUGCAACAAACUAAUUAGUAUAAAGUUAAAUGUUCUGAAAAGAGUUUUAAAAUAUUUAAGUUGUUACGGAACUGUUGGAAAGACGCUGUUUAUGCAUAAAGGAUGAUACAAAUCGUCACAUUAGCUUCAUAUCGUUCACCUCUGUCAGGACGGUGAUGCUUAUAAAAAGUGGUACGUGGAGAAAACCAUUGUGACGGAUUCUCUCUAACACCUGUUUCGGAUUUUACCCGUGUUUUUCGCCUUUUUCGAAACGUUUGGAGAAAAGACAAUGGAAGGCGUGCGUCCAAUCCUACUUUGCGUGAUAGUAAUACUACACACGUUACCUGUUAAAAUGUCCACUUACCAGGAUUUUCUUGACCUUGGAGAUGAUAUUGAUGGAUAUUCAAAUCUAAGCAGCAAUGAUGAGGAGUUAGAGAACGCCAGAAGAAAGGCCGUUGAUCCACAGGGCAGUUGGCUGUCUUUUAUAGAGCAUUCUAAACGACUUCCAGACGGCAAACAAUCAGGUCGGAAAAGGAAGCACAAACGAAACAAUAGACUGCGUUCUCCACCAGGGCCUAUGGGACCACCGGGUCCCCAGGGGCCUCGAGGGAUCCCGGGUCCCCCGGGGGCUAUUAUAACCCAAGAGGAAAUGAUGAGACAGUUUCGAGCAAUGGUAAAAGAGGCUGCAGAAAAACGAGCAGAGGAGUUGGUCAAUGAAAAGUGCAGCGCAUGUCAGGAAGUUGUAAACGGAAGUAGAAUCCGAAUUCCACAGGACGAAGCGGAAGUCUUAUCUCAUAUUCCCCGGAUAUCCGUCGGCUUCCACAUGCGGCUACGGAGAAACAUUGUUGUGUCGGGGAAAACAUUUAUGGAGCUUAAAACGUUUCAUCAGCCUUUUGCAGGUGGGGCGUUCCAUAGAGGUGACACGUUUAACGCUCGAAGUGGUCGGUUUGCUGCACCUACAGACGGAAUUUACCAGUUUUCUCUGAAUCUUCAUAUUAGGGCUAAAAAGAAGAAUCGACGAAACAGUCUGAAAAAACGAGAUACGAUCAACACCCAAGUCUGCAUAGAUAGUUUAUGUCAAAAUUUUGCGUCAUUGAAACACUAUACUGGUUUAGAAAGUAACAGUAGGGUUUUUACAGUGAGCUUCACAGGAUUUUUGGAACUAAAGGUCGGUCAAUACGCCUCUGUAUACGUUGAUAACGCUUCCAAUAUAAACGCUGUAGUACAGAGUGGGUCGGAUUUCACAGGUUUAUUAAUUGGAUCGUGAUUCGUUGGUUGUGUGUAUGACGUCAUGAUAUCACAUAUCACGAGUGAUCAACGGUGACGUCAAAAUAAGUAUGGCUUGUUACAAGAGACAAUAUGACGUCAUAGCAUCAAAAUAAGUAUGGCUUGUUACAAGAGACAGUAUGACGUCAUAGCAUCAAAAUAAGUUUGGUUUGUUACAAGAGACAGUAUGACGUCAUCGCAUCAAAAUAAGUAUGGCUAGUGACAAGAUGCAGUAUGACGUAAUAUUAUCAAAAUAAGUAUGGUUUAUUACGAGAGCCAUAGUGACGUCAUCGCAUCAAAAGAAAUAUGGCUUGUUACAAGAGACAUAAUGGCGUCAUAUCAUCAACACAGGUAUGGCUUAUUACGAGAUGCAGUAUGACGUCAUCGCAUCAAAAUAAGUAUGGCUUGUUACGAGAGUCAGUUUGAUGUCCAAUCAACUUGUUUUAACAGAAUGACGUAUUGUUAUACGGGACGACAUAACGUCAUGCUACUACCGUCUGGUUCAUAGUUCAUAGUUCAUAGUUCAACCAAAUAGAGUGUGUAGCAUGCUUACCUGUUAAACAUGUACCAGACUCAGGGGUGCAUGUAGUGUUAUGAUAAUUUAUCGGUAGAAAUCAUGCAAAAAAGUGACCUCAUACAUGUAGUAAUGAGCAAAUGUGACGUCAUGAUAUUACAAUGUACGAUGAAAGGUGCACGACCAAAAAGGAAUUCGUGUUACAUGUGCGACGCAGUGACGUCAUCAAUGUAGUUUUAUAAUAUGUAUAUAUGCUACGGGGAACAAAACGAUAUUGGAAAAUGAUCGUCAACGACGUCAUCAUACAGUAGGUUUUGAAAAAUAAUGAUGAUAUCAAACUUUUAAAAAAUGAUGUCAUGUAACAUAUACAUGUGUAGCAAUUUACGUCAUACAGCAUGCAUGACGUCAUGUGAAUAUCGUUCGCUCAGGUGUACAGACGUUUUGUUUAGAAAACUGUGACGCAGUUUAUAACGUAGACAAUCAAAAACUUGUAUAUUUAUGUAUAUAUAUCGAUAUGGGUGUGUGAGAAUAUUGUGAGGCAGCUCAACAAAAGUUGAUAGUGUACAUCUGUGUUAUGUUAAUGUGAUGUCUAUAGAGCGAUGGCUCAAAGACCUUUGUUAAUACAUGUUUGUACUGUAAUUUAUCAAACGUUUGUAAACACAUUUUUGCGAUUGUACUCUGGCGAAUUUUUCGUGAAUCUUGAACAAUCUGAUGACAAAAUAUGAUAUUAUAUAUGACAUUUGUCUUGUGAGAUUGGAUUUAAAAUGUUAAAUGUUAUUCUGGUGAAUAAAUAUAAAAAUUGUCAGGUCACGAAAUGUUCUGCUUUAACAAACGGCGUCGGAUUAACUUACCAAUGUACAACAUUGUUAUACAAUUACUUUGACUAAACCCCACUAUAUUGAAUCAUUAGACUUGACGUCCCACCCAUUGUUUCUAAGAUCAAAGUCAAACAUGUGUGAUAUAAUUAAUCAUGAAAACAGAAACAAUGAAGUUAUGCAAUUGUAUCAAGAUUUGUAAUGAUAAUUUAAUUCGGAAAAAACCCCGCUACAUGUAUUGUGCCAAUAUUCAAAAUAAAGGGACAUAACUCUUAUUAGUUGGUACUUCUGGUGAGUGAAACUUCGCUAGAUAAUAUCAAACCGUCAUUCACGUACGUGGAGUUUGUGAAAAAAUCAGAUAGGCUCAGAGUUUGAUUUCCCCUCUGAAUCUGUAUCACUAUUGUUAUUAUUAUUUGAGCUAAAUAUCUUACUGCAAGUGUAACAGUUAUUCAAAGUCAAUUUUCAUUUCUGGAGAGUAACACGGACAUUCCUAUGUCUAUCCUCAUUGGACAUUUGAUAUCAGGAAAUACAUAAAAUGUAUCUGUUUCGAUAAUCUUUAUUGGUUUCGGCUUUCGUGUGAUUUUGUGAAAUAAAACAAAACAAACCAAAUGUAUAGAUUGUCGUUUUCGUUACAAAAUUUUUAAUGUGCUCAAUGUGGAGGUAUUUUAUAAUACUUAUUAUAUUUUACACAUCUCCCUUAUACGCCGUAGAAUCAAGCUCCGUCCUGUAUCACAUAUGUUUUAUAACAUCAACUCGCCACUGAACUUUGAAUGAUAGGAAUUAUAUUGUAUGUGUUUUAUGGAUAACUACUCUAAACACUGCUGCAAUGAAUCAUGGGGACUUGGCAUAAGUUUCUAAACCAACGGUCCGUACCAUAUGUGUUAAGGAACAGACCGUGGACCCCGGACCUCAUGUAUCAAUGGUCUGUGUAAAUGGACCACUGGACAAUCCUACAUUUUUUUUAAGAAACGUCUGUCGUGUCUGUGGUUAAAAACUGAAACAACGUGCAUAAUAUUGUCUAAUGGGUCGUCAUUAAGUAAAAGUACAUAUAUAAGCAAGAGGGGAUAACAUGGCAUCUUACCAUAAUUCAUAGUAUUUAUUCAAAUAUUCAUUAAAGGUACAAUAUAAAGAACAUUAUUUUAUCAUGAAAUCCAUUUCAUAUGCUGGUCAUGAUUAAUUUUUCGUGAGUGUAUACUGUAUGUAAUGUUCCCUGGUUAAGUGCCUUGAAAAUGUACAUAAUCCUACAAGUCAUUGAAUUUUUGUGAAUAUUAUUAUUUAGAUUUUUUUUUCGAAUUCGAUCAUGCAGUAAACCGUUAAUUCGCAGGAUGUUUGUGCGUGCGUGAAUGUGGGCGUGUCAUGAGCGCAGUAGAACUUAAAUAUUUGUCUCGUGCAAAGAAAUUAUUUUCCAGUAAACCAUAAAUAUUUCUGUCAAAUGAAAACUAUUUUUAUGAAGUAAUUACAUGUAGUAAAUAUUUAUGUCUCGCGAAAAUUGAUUGGUUCGCAGUAAGACAUCUAUGUAACACGAAAACUUAAUUAAGUAAAUAGCUUUGUGUAUCACGAAAAUUAACUCAUUUGCAGUAGGAUGUGAUUACUUGUGUCUCCCGAAGAUUACUCAUUGAUUUGCGGUAAGGCGUGUGGCGGUAAGGCGUGUGUUGUGUACUCAGGAGUUUUGUAAAUAUCUUAUAUUGCAGACUGGAUUUAGUCAGUAAAUGAUAAUAAAUAUGUAAUAUAUACUGAAGUGGUUUCUUCUUUUCAUGAAAUGUGAUAGCACUUCUUCAAAUAAAUAUGUAUGUGAUAAA